CGUAAGCUCUGCCUUUCUUCCCUUUACUCUCAAAAAUGCCCAAAAGAAGAGGGCAAAUUUUCACAUCUGGCUUUCAGCCUUCGAUUUUCCCUAAAACAACUGCUUACGUGGAAAAGGGGGAAUUGAUUGUAGGGGUUAACAGUUUAGUGUGGAGUCAGAUGUCAUGGGUUCAAAUCUCAGAUUCAGCACUUCUUAGUGUGAACUCAGAGAAAUGACUUAAAUCUGUUUGUGGCUCAGUUUCCUCACAUGAAUGAUGGGAAUAGCAAUGAUACCUAUGCCAUAGGAUUGCUGUGAAAAUUAAAUGAAUUGGUACAAGCAAAGCACUCAGAACUGUUUGGGCACGUGACAAGUACUCCAAAAAUGUUAUCAGUGACAAUUCAUCCACAUUUCUGGCCAGCUGAACCACUUUGCUUCACAGGCAAAGUGAAGAUGGGAAAGGUAGAGAAGGGGCAGCAGUCAACACUGGAGGCCAUGUGACUGAGAAUUAUACUGUCACGUGAGACCCAAGAGAUCAAUUAUCAGAGUUAACACUGAAUAAUAUUGACAUUCCCUAAAGGUGAGGCAUCAGUCAAUUAAUCUUUGGGCAAUGAGCAAAUUUUAACAAAUAUGAGGAAUUAGGGGUUAUGCACCCAACAAAUGCUAGUGACUACUUGACCACGGUAAAGAAACUUAAUUAAAGACCAAAUUAAAUCAACUUUUAAAGGCUUUCAAAAGGUUGAACAAAUAACUCAAUUUGUUCAGGGCAAUUAUCAUUCAGAGACAAGUUAUUUUAAACACAAAUGAGGAAGAGACUUUGGGAAUUAUGUAAAUAAUAGCUGGCCAAGGCUUAUAAAAGGCCUGAAGUGGAAGUCGCUGCACAAACUCAAAACUUCUCAAAGCAACCCAACUCUCAACCCAACUCCUGACACAAUGGCCUGCUGCUCCACCAGCUUCUGUGGAUUUCCCAGCUGCUCCAUCAGUGAGACCUGCAACUCCAGCUGCUGCCAGCCAAGGUCCUGCCAGACCAGCUGCUGCCAGCCAAGCUUCUGCCAGACCAGCUGCUGCCAGCCAAGCUCCUGCCAGACCAGCUGCUGCCAGCCAAGCUUCUGCCAGACCAGCUGUGGCAUUGGCGGUGGCAUUGGCGGUGGCAUCAGUGGUGGCCAAGAGGGUGGCUAUGGAGCUGUGAGCUCCCGCACCAGGUGGUGCCGCCCUGACUGCCGUGUGGAGGGCACCUCCCUACCUCCCUGCUGCGUGGUGAGCUGCACCCCCCCAUCCUGCUGCCAGCUGCACCAUGCCCAGGCCUCCUGCUGCCGCCCAUCCUACUGUGGACAGUCCUGCUGCCGCCCAGCCUGCUGCUGCCAGCCCAUCUGCUGUGAGCCCAUCUGCUGUGAGCCCAUCUGCUGUGAACCCACCUGCUAAAAGCCAGGUUACUGAUUGCCAACUUGAAGUUUCAACUUCCAGCUCAAUUCAUGACCUAAGAAUCUCUUCAACCACCACUGGACCAUUAACAAGUUCUUGACCUUUUAUCUGGCUUUUGUUGUGGGAGUUACCAAAUAUUUGGGCCCCACAGACCUAUCUGAUUCCGUUCAAUACUGGAAAGACAUUGAUCUCCCCACUGAGUCUGCCAAAAUACAAAUUUGGCUCACAAAAUGGGAAAACCAAUUUGCCUUGGGACCAAUCUUCAGCAAGCAUUUGAUCCUACUUUCUGUGUUUCAGUGCUGCCAAGGUCAUGGAAGAACCAUCUGCCCUUCUCUGAUACAUUCACCUCCUAUACUCCACAGUCCUGCAAAUUGCACUUCCUAUGAAAAAGGAAUAAUAUACUAAAGUCAAAUAAAUUAUAUCUGUUUGGUGCAGCAAACAUA